AUGCAGCGAAUGAUCCGCCAGUUCGCUGCCGAAUAUACCUCAAAAACUACUCAGGACGACUCGCCCCCUGCCCUCAACGGCACCAUGAAGGACCAAAGCCUGCCGAGAGCGGCGUCUCUGGCCCAGGCCCCCGCGGGAGGGACGGUUGUUGCCUCUGCACAGAAUCCUGUCCUCAGCAAGCUUCUCAUGGCCGACCAGGACGGCCCGCUGGACCUCUCCGUUAAAAAGACCCCGGACGACCCGGAGCCCACCCAGCAAGACGGCGUCCUGGACCUCUCCACCAAGAAGGCCCAAAGCGCAGGCAGCCACAAAACCGGCUUCCCCCCUGCGCCUGGGGUCAAAGGGCGUUCCUACAAAGCUGAACAUGCCCUCUCUGAGGUGGAUGAGGAGGAUGGUCUGCUGCAGAGGAGCUUGCAGGAGGGACUGAGGGAGAACUAUGUCAACUCCAACUCCUUCAAACCCCCCAUGGCCCGUUCCCUGCGCAUCAAGGAAGAGCUCCUCAGCCAGAAGCACCGCCUCUUGAGCCAGCCUGCUGCUCUUUCACUGGCUAACCUAGAGUCAGCCGGCUUGCUCAAUCAUGCGCAGUCCCACUCCUUGCUCGGCCAGAAGAGUUCUUCCUCGUUCUGGGGGAGCAAGGCCCACCUCGAGAGCCUGUUGAAACUAAAGCAGGCCAGUGGAGCUCUAAGCGGGGCGCUCAGUGACCUCAAAGACCUGCCAACAUUCCUGGAGAAUCACCACCACGGAGCCUUCUCUUACAAGAGUUCCCUCCAUCAUCAUCACAAUCAGGUCUCCAAGGCCCAACACCACCACAACGAGGGCAAGAGAGACCAGGGCCACUCGCCUCCUGUCGACCUUAAAAUCCCUCAAGUUCGGGGCAUGGAUCUCUCCUGGGACUCCCAUGCUUCUGAGCUGUACGGCUACGGCGCCCUCGGGGUUGGAGGUGGUUGCCAUGAGAAUAGUCUGAGCAGGAAGCUGAGAGCCAUCCUGCCCAAGCAAAACCGCCGCGGAGGAAGUCUCGGAAGCCUGUUGGACGGGGCAGCUGACUACUGGAGCUCCGAUUUGGACCACUCCGGUUCCGGGCCGGCGUACUCAACCUCCGAUGCGGAAGGCGACCCGAACUCCAAACAACCGAGGAAGAAGAGAGGCCGCUAUCGCCAGUACAACAGCGAGAUCUUGGAGGAGGCCAUCGCGGUAGUCAUGAACGGGAAGAUGAGCGUGUCCAAGGCUCAGAACAUGUACGGGAUCCCGCACAGCACCCUGGAGUACAAGGUGAAGGAGCGCCUGGGAACCCUGAAGAACCCCCCAAAGAAGAAGAUCAAGCUGAUGAUGAAGAUGGAAGCAACGGCCCAGGAUUAUCCCGCCGAGUCAGAGAACACGCCGACCGCGACCCCACAAGACGACGGCCAGCCGCUGGCAGCCGCUGACCUCAAGGACAAUAUAAAAGAAGAGAUUGAAGACAAUUUUAAACCGAUCGACUAA